AGCAACAAUCAGUCAGGUCCCGGCAGCCGGAGCAGACAGACGCGUGUGUCUCACGCUCCAAAUAUAAAAUAGAAUCGAACGAUAAUAGUGAUGCCGUGCUUAAUGCACUAAAUCGAGUUGUAUGUGAUAAGGUCGUUUUGUUUCUAAUAUUAAAACGAAAGAAGAUAGCCGAAAAUGCCACUGCAAUUCAAUCGUAAGGCGUGUCCGAAGUUUAUACGGGAGAAUCUACUCACCAUCCUGACGGUGGUCGGCGUAGCGGCCGGAACCUUGCUGGGAUGUGGCCUGCGGGCAUCCGGACAUCAGUGGUCCAAACGAGACGUCAUGUACUUCCAAUUUCCCGGGGAGCUUUUCCUCAGGAUGCUCAAGAGUUUGAUAGUGCCUUUGCUGGUCUCCUCAAUCGUUUCAGCUAUCGGCUCUCUGGACCUAAGCCUCUCUGGGAAGGUCGGUCUCCGCGCCAUCAUCUACUAUAUGACCACGACAGUCUGCGCGGUCAUGUUGGGAAUAGCUUUGGUGACGACCAUUAAGCCGGGCAGUAACUCCAAGGGGAACGAGGAGCUUAAUACCACGAAGAUCGUGACCAAAGACACCCUCACUUCCGAUACAUUAUUGGAUUUGUUAAGGAACGUCUUCCCGGAGAACAUACCUCAAGCCACGAUCGCUUCGUAUCGAACGAAGCUAAUUUACGACCCAAAAGACCCGAAAAUGAUAAAAGGACAACUGGAGACUUACAAGAUCGACGGAGGCUAUCCACCAGGCAGCAAUGUCCUCGGUCUGGUGUGCUUUAGCAUCGUUCUCGGCAUAACUCUCGGCAAAAUGGGAGACCUGAGCCGACCGCUGCAGCAGUUCUUCCAUUCUCUCUCCGAAGCCAUGAUGAUUAUCACUGGAUGGGUUAUUUGGAUGUCACCCCUGGGAGUUUUCUUCCUGGUAACAGCGAAGAUUAUGGAGAUAGAUUCAUUCGCGGAUCUGGUCGGCCGACUGGGGAAAUACUUCUUGACGGUUUUGUUGGGGUUGUUCCUUCACGGCUUCGGGACCCUCAGCAUCCUGUUCAUAUUGGCUACGAAGAAGCUGCCUUGUCGCUAUCUCGCUAAAAUGGGACAGGUCAUGGCCACUGCUUUCGGUACUGCAUCCAGUUCAGCAACGAUGCCGAUAACAAUAGCCUGUUGCGACGACAUGGGGCUGGACCCCCGCAUCACGAGGUUCGUGAUCCCCAUCGGCGCCACCAUCAACAUGGACGGGACCGCGCUUUACGAGGCUGUGGCGGCCAUCUUCAUCGCUCAAAUGAGAGAGGUCGAAAUGACGUUCGGCAAAAUCAUUGCUGUCAGCGUUACAGCCACAGCUGCUAGUAUAGGUGCUGCCGGUAUUCCUCAAGCUGGACUGGUCACCAUGGUCAUGGUGCUGGAUACCGUCAACCUUCCAGCUGAGGACGUUUCAAUCAUUUUAGCCGUGGACUGGCUGCUUGACCGUUUUCGUACGACGAUAAACGUGGUAUGCGACGCUUUGGGCGCCAUUAUCGUAACGUCGCUCUCCCAAGGGGACAUCGACAAGAGCCGAGCUAUCCAAAACGAACGAGAGGCGGCGCAAGCACAGGAACUCACCGAACUAGAGAAGGGAGACCUGUAAAAAGCCGUUAUAACGUUAUAAGCAGCCGUUAUUCAUAAGCCAGCGAUAAUGAAAUGUGAGAUUCGCAUUUGUGUGCCAAUUUGAUUAAAGGAAACUGAUAAAAUAAUUGCAAAUAAAUAAAAUCGAUUCACCUGCACGAAUAUAUGGCGUUAGGGAGAAAAAACAUUGUAAAAACUACCAAGAACUUUUAUAUUGUUUCUUUCCACACUUCUUGUUUCACAUUUCUAAGAUGUCUACGAUCGUCUUCUUUAAAGUGUCUAAAAUUACUUUGUUUAGUAGAUCUAUGCACUGAUUGGUAGAUAUGAUUCGAAGAUAACUGUGUGUUAAUUGAAUUAUGUGUUUAUAACGUGGGUAUUAUUCGGUUGUUACGUUUUUAACGUUGCAUGAUAUUAAAACUUUUUGAGAUAGUAACCUUAUUAGAUUAAAAUAAGUAGAAAAAAAAACACGUGUCUAUGUCCUCGAUGUGCCAUUUUGUGUAGUCAAAGUAGAAUAUCGUUAAACGCGAUUUUAUUCGUAAGGUAUUUUCAUGAUUUCGCUGAAUAAAAAAAAGUUUUCACUGAAAGAGUAUUUUUACCGACUUACACAUUUUGGAAAUGUUAUUGAUAUUGCGUAUUUGACAUUUAAUUACUAUAAUAAAUUAGCCUCAAUAGAUAGUUUUGUACCGUAUUGGAUAUUUUUCUAUUGUACGAAUUGCUUUUGUUGAACAUGUCAAUUGAUCCGAAAACGGAAGUAUCUGUGUUGGUUUCACAAUAAUAUCUCACAUAUUUCCUUUUUAAUUAUCAAUAAAAAAAUCCAAUCACUAUUUGAAAGAAAAAAAAAUCUUCUUUCAAUAUAGGCAAUUCAAGUUGCUGUCUUUAAUAGUAGUAACACGUGAAAAGGUCAUAGAACAAAUUACCAUAUACGUAUUUAUUUAUUAAGUUUUGAAUAGUGUACAAUAAAAUCUUUUCUACCCAAUUGAAUCUAAAUUUAAAAAAAGUUUAGUUCAUAUUUUGAAACAAAUUAAUUUAUGAAUUAUCUUGAAUAAAAAUCAAAUAUGAUUAUCAAAAUUUUUACCGAUUUUGAAAAACAUAAUUUCUUGUCUAUUCGAAUAAUGCUGUAGACUCCACACACUUUAUAAUAUUCUGAAGCUUUAUUCUAAUUCACAUGAAAUUAUUUAAGUUUAAAAUCUCAUAAUUUGGAAGAGUAUUAAAUUUUUUUUUAGUAACUCAAACUUGCAUUCCAAUCAUGUUGAAUUAGUUGUAACAUUUUGAGUAUGUUGAAUUCUAAUAGAUAAAUCAAUUUCAAUCGUUGCAAACGAUUGAAAGCAUGUAUUUUUAAAUUUCAUUUUUUUUCUAAUAUCGUUACCAAAGUAUAUAGGAAAGUCAUACAAAUUGUCGCUAAAAUAUUAUUUACUAGUGCUAAGUUUUUUUUUUGUCUAUAAUAAUUUAUUCUCAUAUCAUAAGUUAGUUUUAGUGUAGUUCAACCCUAUAAGUCGGUGUAAAGGCUCUAUCUUAAAUGCCAAAGAUUCUCAAGGAAACCAGAAAAAGUAUUAAUGGCUAUUUUUAGCAUAGCUAAACUCCACAAGCGGUAAUCGGUCUGUGUGUGUGUGUGCAGCAUUGACCUUUGAUCAGUAAAAAGGAAAAAUCAUAUCGAUUAUGUAAUCAAUCAAUUAUUAGAUAUUUAUAUGAAUUUUUCGUUUGGGUGGUUCGUUGCUUAUCACCAUUGCGAAACCGGGUCUAUUAAGUCUGGCCAUUAACUCCCUUUUGGCGCAGCUAAUAAAUCCUCGGCUUCUCUUUUUUGUUUACCUAAUCGUUAAUAGCCUCGAUAGGGCUCUUUCAGCAACGCACGGUUGGUAUGUGAACUUACACAGUUCGACCUGUGUGCUUACUGCGAAAUUUUUAACGUUCUCGACAGCGUAAACGUUAACUAAAAUUUGUAUGGAUUUGGAACGUUUGUGUACGUUUGCCGCUAGGGGCGCUCUUCCAACUGCAUACUGCAACAGUAACUGCAUGAAAGUGAUUUUUAAUUAUGUCUACGGUUCGCGAAAACCGGAGUAAAUACUUUAUAUACUUGCCUAAGUAAAGAAAAGUGUGUUUUGUAGUACAAUAUUGAAUCGGUUCACGGUUUCCUGGCGGCACUCUCUCAUUUUUGAUUAUUGUUCAUUUAAGCAGUAAUUUAGAAUGUAAAUUAAUGUAUUUCAUGUAGAGUACGAUCAAUGUUUAUUUAUUUUAAUAAAAUGUUUUCGGAAAAAUA